AUCUUCUCGUCGAACGUCCAACGAGGAGUCAGAGUAUCUCGACAGGGUUGAUCACGUUUAAUUCGACUCAACGUGUCUGAUUGAAGAAACAGAGUGAUUGUUGUUCAUAAAAUAACGUCAGUUGACAUUUCGCUUGUUGACAGCUGGUGCGAGCUCAAAACCGACAGUUAAUAUCAGGAUGGCGGAGGCGCCAGGUACUUCUAGCGAGACGAUAACGGAGACCGUUCAAGUUGACACACCGCCACCGCCCCAGCAGGAGGGACGUAGCCUGACCAUCAAGCUGAGGAAGAGAAAGACUGACAAGAAGGUGGAGUGGUCCAGCGACACAGUGGACAACGAGCAUCUGGGAAGGAGGUCCUCCAAGUGUUGCUGCGUCUACGAGAAGCCCAAACAGUUUGGGGAGUCCUCCUCUGAAAGCGAGGGAGAUGACGGCGACGAGGGCUGUGGAAGUGCACACUGCAUUCUAGGACAUGGGAAAGACGGCAGGCAUGGACACAGAGGAGGGGGUGGGGGGAGUACGGUUCCUCCAAGCUCUGGGGGAUCACAUGCCCACUAAUGAUUAGGAAUGGUGCUGAGGGAGGAAUGGAGCGUAGGGGUUCUUCAGUCGAUGACAAUGACACAUUAUACUGCUACACACACGCUCUCAUUUAGUUCAGUCACUGCAGUACCUGAGAGGAAAAGGACGCGACAGAUAAAAAUGAGGGAGGGAGAGAGCCUAUAUUUCUGCCUGUUUGAUAAGAAAAAGGGGUACAAUKAUUUUCCUUAUUUUUAUAAAUAAUAUUUUUCCUUA